AUGGCAACCGUUGCCACCCAAGCUCCUGUUGAUGUCCCCUCCUCAAACCGCCCCGAGCCGGGAUCAUUCCAGUUGAACACCGCCAAAUUUCCAGCUGCGGCCGCGGCGCCGUCGAAACCCGAAGAUGCUGACACCAUCGCUGCGCAGUGGGUUGAAUCGUUCAACAAAGCUGUGAACAGCGCAGACUUUGCCGGUAUCUCAGAUAUCUUCCAUGCGGAGUCGUAUUGGCGGGAUCAGCUCUGCUUGUCCUGGGAUUUCCACACCCUCCACGGGCCCCAGAAGAUCAUCUCCGUCUUCAAGCAAUCGAACGGAUGCCGGAUUAAGUCGGCCGCGCUUGAUAAGAGUUCCCAGCUUCGAUCCCCAACUGCGGCGGUGAUUGAUGCUGAAGGCAAGGUGCAUAGCGUGACAGCAUUCCUGACUCUCGAAUCCGAUAUCGGACGUGGUGCGGGGAUCGUGAGAUUGGCUCAAGAGCAAGGCGUAUGGAAGGUCUUCACACUCUUUACCUUCUUGAAGGAGCUAAAGCACCAUGAGGAUGCUGUGGGAAGGAAGAGACCAAAUGGUGUUGUCCACGGAGAGCAUAUCUCGCGCAAGAACUGGCUCGAUCGACGCAGGGAGGAACAAAAUUUUGAGAACGGCCAAGAGCCAACUGUCCUCAUCCUAGGUGCCGGACAGGCUGGACUCACCGUUGCCGCGAGACUUAAGAUGCUGGGCGUUGAAUCCCUAAUCGUCGACCGGGAAGAGCGGAUUGGCGAUAACUGGCGGAACAGAUACCAUCAACUAGUCUUGCACGAUCCUAUAUGGUUCGAUCAUCUCCCGUUCCUCCCGUUCCCGGAUAAUUGGCCAAUCUUUACCCCCAAGGAUAAGCUGGGAGAGUGGUUUGAGUCAUAUGUUACGCUUCUAGAGCUGAAUGCCUGGACCCAGGCCACUAUCACUAAAGCUUCCUGGGACGAUGCAUCUGCAAAAUGGACAGCCACCGUGGAACGCGUUCGGGAUGGCAAGACGGAGACCAGAAUUUUCCAUCCAAAGCACAUCAUUCAAGCCACCGGCCACAGUGGAGAACCAAACUUUCCUUCUCACAUCAAAGGUAUCAACGACUUCAAGGGUACUCGUCUUGUCCAUUCAUCGAAGUUCCCCGGAGCCACCCCCUCGCAAGGCCAAAAUAAGAAGGCCAUAGUCGUUGGAUGUUGUAACUCCGGCCACGACAUUGCCCAAGACUUUUAUGAAAAUGGCUAUGCAGUAACGAUGGUUCAACGCUCAUCAACCCUAGUUUUAUCCGCGGAGACGAACCUGGAUUCUUUGUCUGGGCUAUACGGGCAUGAUGGCCCACCAACCGAGGAUGCGGACAUGCUCUUUUGGAGCGUCCCCAAUCCCGUGCUCAAGAGGAUAAGCAUCGACACAACUAAAGCUCAGAACAAAGCAGAUGAGAAGAUCCUGCAGGGACUCGAGAAAGCCGGCUUCAAACUUGAUCAAGGGCCUGACGGAAGCGGACUCUGGAUGAAGUACCUCCAAAGGGGCGGUGGGUAUUACCUAGAUGUCGGUUGUUCCCAACUCAUCAUCGAUGGGAAGAUCAAGAUCAAGCAAGGCCAAGAGAUUGCUGAAGCCCUUCCAAAUGGCCUUAAAUUCGCUGACGGCGAGGUUAUUGAAGCGGACGAAAUUGUUUUCGCCACCGGAUACAAGAAUAUGCGGACGCAGUGUAGGAAGAUAUUUGGUGAUGAAGUCGCUGACCGUGUUAAGGAUGUGUGGGGCUUUGAUGAGGAGGGUGAGGUAAGGACUAUGUGGAGAAAGACAGGUCAUCCUGGUUUCUGGUUUAUGGGAGGCAAUCUAGCCUUCUGCAGAUGGUAUUCCAGACCACUUGCCUUGCAGAUCAAGGCCCUCGAGGAGGGACUUUGUCGAUAUGAUGACUUGUGA